ACUCUCUCUCUCUCUGUCUCCGUGCUAAAGAGUCGUCUCACUCUCAAACCGGGUCUAUUUUCUCUUUGACAUCUCUCUAAUUCUCUCUCAUGGAGAACCCACGCCCGGAGGAAUUGAUCAGAGACAAGCAAGCGAGGCAAAAGCUCUCUCGCCUGAGUCUAGAAAGUCGUCCAACAGAGGAAGUGAAAUUAGCUGCCACCGCAAUCAGCCUCAACGUGCGGCUGAGACCGUCCGACAUGCCCCUCCACAUGCAAGACCUUGCCCUUCGCUACACCAGAUCGCUCCUCGACUCUUCCCUGAUCAAAUCACGUCCCAACCCCACCCACCUGGCUCGAGCUCUCAAAAAGGAAUUUGACUCGUUGUACGGACCGGCGUGGCACUGCGUGGUGGGGACGAGUUUCGGGUCGUUCGUGACUCACUCACCGGGUGCGUUCGUCUACUUCUCCAUUGACUCGUUCUCGGUUCUGCUUUUCAAGACAGAGGUUCAGUUGGUCACCGAACCAGGUGCCUAGAAUAUUACAAAAUUCCUACAGAAAUGGUACACACAAAAAUGAGAGCUUUUCGAUUUAUCGUCUCCCUAUAUGCCUACUAAAUUGUCUAUUGAGUUUGAUUUUUUUUUUCUUCUUCUUUUGAAAAAAUUGUUAUCCUCUUUU